CAGUUUCAGCCGAGCGCUGUGCCGCUGCACUAGCUGGGAGCACUCACAGAAGGGCUGCCCACUCACUGUUAGCCAUAAGGCAGCGUCAGCAGUCAGUGGGGCUGUGUAGCUGUCCGUGAACGCAUCACUAACCGCACAGGCUGCAUGGUGUGAAGCAGAAAGUCCACAACCUGCUCUCUGUCUGCCUCAGUGUUCAGGCAUGGACCAAGACAACAACUCAGAGGAUGAGUCGGUCGGCCCAUCGGAGGAUCCUUCAGAAGAGGAACUGCCCUGUCUACCUCCAGGCCUCUCGGAUGGCGAAGCGAUGGAGCUGCUUUGGCAGUUGCGAUCCCAGCGGCGCCAGACGUCUCCGGAGCUCCCAGAGACGGUGACCUGUCUCACUGCCCCUGAUGGCAGCCUGCUGUACCUGGUGGGCACGGCCCAUUUCAGCGACAGCAGCAAGAAAGACGUGGCCACGACGAUCCGCGCCGUGCAGCCCGACGUGGUGGUGGUGGAGCUGUGCCAGUACCGGGUGUCCAUGCUGAAGAUGGACGAGAACACGCUGCUGAGGGAAGCCAAAGACAUCAACCUGGACAAGGUUCAGCAGGCCAUCAAACAGAACGGGCUGAUGUCUGGCCUGAUGCAGAUUCUCCUGCUCAAGGUUUCCGCCCACAUCACCGAGCAGCUGGGCAUGGCACCUGGAGGGGAGUUCAGGGAGGCCUUCAAAGAGGCUGGUCGAGUGCCCUUCUGUAAAUUCCACCUGGGGGACAGGCCGAUCCCGGUCACCUUCAAGAGGGCCAUUGCUGCUCUCAGUCUGUGGCAGAAAGCCCGCCUGGCCUGGGGUCUGUGCUUCCUGUCAGACCCAAUCAGUAAGGAGGACGUGGAGAAGUGCAAACAGAAGGACCUGCUGGAGCAGACCAUGUCGGAGAUGAUCGGCGAGUUUCCUGCUCUCCACCAAACCAUCGUGGCUGAGCGAGACAUCUACCUCACGCACACGCUCCGCCAGGCUACGCGCUGUGUGGAGGCCCCCCCUAAUGCUCAGAAAGUGCCUGCUGUGGUGGUGGGAGUCGUAGGGAUGGGUCACGUCCCUGGCAUUGAGCGGAACUGGGAGAAGCAGCUCAACAUCAGUGAAAUCAUGAGUGUCGCCCCGCCCUCACGUUUCGGCUGGGUGUUGCGUACGGUCAUAAAGGGCGUGAUGGUGGGAAUGCUGGGAUACGCCUGCUACCGUGCUGGAGGAAGCUUAGGCAGAGUCCUGCUGUCUUUACCUACAGUCCAGUCGUUGCUGGAGACGCUGCGGCCACCCUCUGCUUGACCCCAUGGUCCUCUCCAAGCCAUCAGCGACACCACCUUUGAUCCUCUGAAACAAUGCAUCUAUCACCAAUGGCCUUAAAAACAGGAGGUGAGGCUGGAGGAGAGGCUUCACCAGCCCACGCUGAGAACUAACAAGGACCUCGGGGGGCUAGGAGCCCCUCCACCUCCUAUUAAAGUCCCUGUAGACGCAGCAGGGCCGUACUGCCAAAGAAACCCUGACAGUACUCCUACUUUUCUUACAUAUUUUGUGCAAAUCAUGCAUUUUAUAAGAUUUGAAAUUGCCAAUAAUUUCCUCCAAGUAGGUUGUAUUUCCCCUAUCAGUCCUUUAGAAGGCUUACACACACACACACACACACACACACAAACACAGAGUUUUCAUUUGAUGAAGAUAACUGGCAUCAUCUGAAGUCACCCACCUGAUAUGAUGGAGCUGUGUUCUGAGAGGAUGCUGUCUCCUUACUGAUCCCUCUGUUUCUGGUGCCAGCCACUAUUGUUGGUAAUUAUCCCAAUUUCAAGUCCAGCACUUUAUAGGAGACUGCUAGAGUCUAGUUCUGUACAUGCAGCCUGUGGAAAUGAAAGUAAAGUCUAUAGUCAGCCGUAGCGAUAAUAAACAGUUUAGAGGUAGCGCUGAGAGCGACACACAUGGUGUGAGCUACGCCAUAGAUCGUGUUCAUACUUCUUGAUAAAUCUGCUGUUUCAGAUGUAGACUCCUCAGAGUUCACAUCCAGGAUUGGCAUAGGAUGAGCGUGACUUCCCGUGUGCACGGUCCUGCCGACAUCAACAGACAAGUGCCUCAUGUUGCAGCUGUAAGGGCUACUGGUGACAAACUGGAGAGGCAGAACCUUGUGUCGCAUGCAACGUACACAUACUAACGGUCAGAUUCUGUCUUUAUACAACGACAUGGUAAGCCUGUUUUCUAUGUACUGUCGCCCUGAGUAGAGACAUUUAGCUGUUUGAACCCCGACAUGCUAUGGUCAGUCACACGUUUAUCAGAGACCUGAUGCAGGACAGGCUUACAUACGCCUCAGGAAGAGCAUCGCAGCAUCUUGUCAUCUGUAUAUUUGAUUGUACCUCCAGUAUGAGCCGCCCCCACAUUUCAGGCUUUAACUGACUCCACCUCUGAGGAAAGGUUCUUACUUGACACAGAAAUAUGCACCGUAUAUAGAGAGCCAUCUCUGAAACUAUCUGACGUUCAGCCACCAGCUGGUUGGACUUCUUCAAUAUAUGCAUUAUAGUUUCCCAGUCUGAUGAUGUGAAAUGGGAUCAGAAUGAAACUAGUCUCACAUGAAGGAUUGAACUUGGCCCUAAUGGUUCCUUUGUGGACUUGCUUUGCCUGCUGUCGAGGAGACUGACAGCUGGGCUUGGUCAGAGUUGGGAGAUGAAGCCUUACGCUGAGAUCACUGCUGCCUUUGACCGUCAGAUGGCCUCCUCUGCUGAGGCCUGUUUCCUGGAUCCGUAGCACGGAGCCUCUCGCUGCACACCGGCUGUGGAACUCCAUCACAUGGGGGAUGUCCCACUGAGCUCACCGGUCUGAACACAGUAACUGCUGGUUACAGGGUGAUGUACUGACACCAACUCCGGGUGAUUUAAAGGGUUUCUGUGUACACUGCUCACAUUAUUCACUGUAGCCGGUUUAUGGGAGAAGGAAGUUAAUUUAAUACUUUGAUGGUCACGUGAACUAACACGGGAGGUUCAUUUUGUUCUAAAAACAUAAUCGGACCACUUGCCAGUUACCCACACUCUGAGAUAACUCACAUAAUCUGUCUUCCAAUAAAGCCUCUUGCCCAAGUAUGAGAUAGGAAUAUUGAGAAAGUAGAGGUCAGAUGUAGUCCAGCCUCUCAGUUCCUCUGCAGUAUAACUCAAAUGUCAUGUGUGCGUCUCCAAAGGCUGCCCUGCUGCCUGAUGCCUGUUUGUUGUCGGAUGUGCUUCCUUCCCUUUGUGUUGUAUCGUCAUUAACUCACCAAACAUUGAUCAGUGAUGGAUUAUACAAAUGUUGAAAUAAAGAAAUUAUAUUUGCCUCAGAAA